GCAAAUUAUACAAAACCGGGUCCGCCAUUAUUGCCUGUCGGCUGCUUUUGUGAUUCUUCAUGAAAUAUUUUUCCAAAAUAUCGUCGCAUGUGGAAUUUGUGCCAUAAAAAUAUAGGUGCGUUUCAAUAUCACGUUGAUGCGUAACGUUAAAAAGUGGUGCUGAAUGGUUUGUAGUGUGCCUAUGUGGUGAAUCGACCAAGUGGUGUUCGCUUUUCAAACAUCGAUUUCAGUUUAUAAUGGCUUACGAGCUGUACUUUUAAUUUUCAUUCGGCAUGUAUUUGUUGUAUUUUCGUAAAUUGCCAUGCUAAUCCCCAUUUAACUGUUUAUAGGUAUGCUACAGGAAUAAUUGUAGUGAUAUUGUGUCAAAUAGGAGUGAUAUAAAGAAACAUAUUCUUUGAUGAAAGACUUUUACCAUCUGUGUUAGAAUGCAGCCAGAUUAGAUUUUGAAAGACUUAAAAAUUAGUUUCUGGUGUGUUUUACUCAUUAAUUCAAGAUGUCUGGUGGAGGACCGCCUCAUCAGCCUCAUAAUAGGCAUGUUCCACCAGCUAAUAUGGCUUGGAAUCAUUUACAGGUUCCCAGUUACUUUCCAAGACAGCCUCAGCUCGCCCAUAUGCAGACCGAUCCGUCGAUCCUGCACCAAUCCACGUGGCACACCCCCACCACAGAAGGGAUGAAGCUGAUGCCCACCCACGUUCUGAGCGAGAUGCUCAAGAACGAAGCUCUGUUUCCCAGGGACUGUGUCGAUCUGAGUCUAACUCGCAACGGUAACCAAAACGGUGAAAUACCGACCACCCCCAUCAGUCUGAGCGUCCGCGACACCAACAAAAUCAACAGCUUGCCGCCGAGUCUGUUGGACAUCCAAGCGAUGGAACUGACCAAGAUCUACGGUCACGGUGUCAAGCCUGGCGCAAAUCCCGGAGCCAUACGAUCGACGUCGAUCAGUCCCGGGUUGAAAUCGGCCAGUCCCGGACUGAAGAGUUCUAGUCCAAGCGUCAAAUCUCUUAGUCCAGGGAGAAAAUCCGUGAGUCCAGGCCCGAAAUCGGUGAGUCCAGGUUUGAGCUUGGGCGGAGGAAUAAUGGCCCCUGUUUCUGCUACCAUAUCCACUCCAGACGCAGGGAAGAACCUAAAAAGAUCGAAUGUAAGAGUGGAUUCGAUUUUGGAAAGGCUUAAUCCAACUUCAGAAAAGAUAAUGCCCUACCAAGAAGCCAAACAUGAUCCACCCUCUACCACUACCACAUCUAUCACUGAGAAACCUCCAAGCGAUAGACAGCAAUCUCAAAGUCACAGCGUCAUUGUGCAAGCUGCUAGUAGCUAUGAUGAAAAUAGCAAUUCCAGUGGUACUAAUUUGCCUACUGGUGCUAAUCCAAAAGAAGAUGACUCAGGAUCAAUGCACAGCAAUGAAGAUAGUUUGGACAGUACCAAGUCAAGGCGUAAAAGAAAACCAAGUAAAACUAUCAGAGUGAACAAAGAGGAAGAUAUUAAAACAGAAGUUGAAAAAGCCAUUCCAGAACCGAUGCCUACCGACCAGCCCCACAACCACCAAGACCGCCAGGUCCCCCCUUCGGUGCCCGCGUCCGACCCCAUCGCCAUAGCCACCAUCCUGGAGGACAACAAGGUGCCGGAACGUCGACGGUCCUCCGACGAGCUGGACGAACUGCUGCCGGCCAAGGCCCGGCGAAAAACCAGCAGCGAAUCGGAGACCAUCGACGAUAUCGCCGCCAUGGUCCAGGAGGGGUUGAAGGAGAAGGGCAGGAGGGCGGAGAGGAUGGGGGAGUGUAAACUGGAGGAAGAGGUUGCCAAGGCAAAAAACUCAUCUGUAGACGUUGCGAGACCCGUGACUGUUAGUGUGAUUAAAACGAAGGACCAUUUAGAGGAUUCCCUAGCGAGCAGUGAUCAGGUGGAUGGCAAGACUGAUAUUACAACGUCCGAAUCGAGCCAGACACCCGUCAUUCAUCUGGAGGCUCUGCUGGCUGCGGAACUCGAUAAGAAAAAGCACACAAAUACCAGUUUUGUUGAUGUAGAGAAUAAAUUAGAAGAAAUGUUCGCUGGAAUUGUAGAAAAUCAUUCUGAAUCACCUCAACCGACGCCAUUACCACCGCCGAAGAAUGACACUACUUUAGAUUUAAAUGACGAUAGCUUAUUAAAAUUAGACGACUCUGUGUCGUCGACUAGUCGGGAAGAACCGGCUGUCGAAGAGUCUGUCGAAACGCCGAUUUUAAAAGAGGAAGACAAAGUUCCUGUCAGUGAGAUUAAAAAAGAGGAGCAAAAGAAACCGGUGGCGAAGAAAACGCAGAAGAGCAGGCCUACUUCAGGAGUCGAUGCCGAGGAAGAUGGAGCACCAUCUCCGAAACGCAAAAGAUUUACAAAGACAAAAGGAUCUACUCCAGCAACGAAGAAGAUUUCUAGAUCACCUACAACUUCCAUUACCAAAGCUGCUAAAAAAUCUAUUGUACCAUCUCCUACCAAGAGUCCUGUUAAAACACUCGCGGCUGAGGUUAAGGACAUUUACGCUUAUGAUUCUGGUAGCAAUACCAGUUCAAGUCGGUCUAGGGGGCCCUUCGUUCAAAUCCGAGGUCACAGAGACUCACCUCUAUCUGUCAGCGUAAUCAAUACACCAUUGGCGGCGGACGACGAUGGGGAAAAGAAACUGCCAAAAAACAAGAAAUACCAUGACGAUAGCGAAUAUAGGCAUAAAGUGAGGUCCAAAGGUCUCCAUUGCAGUACGCUGAGUACAAAGUACGAUGCUGAGAGGAAAGACGCUAGUUGGAUAUGCGCGUUUUGUAAGAGGGGACCUCAUGCCAGUGAAUUUACAGGUCCCAGUGCAGUUAGUGAGGGUCCAGCUCCUGGCGAUUUAUUUGGACCUUACUUCAUAACGACGCAGUGUCCGGAGUUUGAAAGGCGGUUAGACGAUCCGUAUGAUAGACAAUUCAAAAGCCGCAAGAUCACCAAAGCCCUGGACGCGAACGCUGCCUCCGCCGGCCCCAAAUCCAACAAGAAGGCCAAACGGAAAUCGGAAUCGUGCAGCGCCGACCAGUCCGACUCGAACCUGGGCAUCACGCCCACCGCCAAGGGCGACACGUUCGAGGUGUGGGCGCACGAGGACUGCCUCGUGUGGAGCGCCGGCGUCUACCUGGUGGGCCCCAAGAUCGCCGGCCUCGAGGAGGCCGUGUGGACGUGUUCGAACGUGCCGUGCGCGGCGUGCGGCUACAGGGGCGCCAACGUGGCCUGCCUGAGGCGCGGCUGCACCGACUCGGCGCACCUGUGCUGCGCGCGGCGCGCCCUCUGGCAGCUGGACGAGGCGAGUUUCAACGCGUACUGUCCGACGCACGCGCGCUAAUCGUACUCUGUGGUUUCGUGAGAUUUGAAAGGGGUUGGGAUGUGGAAAUUGUGGUGAAUUUUGAGGGAGGCAAGUUGGGUUUUAGUCGGUUGUUAACGUCAGAGGAUAAUAAUUAUUGGAAAAGCUAACUCUGUUGAAGUUUACAGAAUAUAACUUGGACUGUGGUGAUUGUAGUUACAGUCGCUACUGUAAGUUGACAUUUUAACGAUAGACUGAGCAAAAAAAAAACUAAAUGUAUGCAUUUGGUAAUCUGAAAAUAACUAGAAAAGUAACCAAAAGUUGAAAAAUAUUUGUCCGGGUCUAUCAUCUGCAAGUAUAAGAAAAGUUGCAGGAAUUUGCUAGAAUGAUCACGCGUUAUAGGAAAAGUUGCUGCUUUGAGGGAGAGCAUGCACAACUUUUCUUGCAAAAUGUAAAAAAUUAGACCAAAGUGAUUACAUUUAUGAAUAACUUUCUCAUUUAUCGAGAUGGCAUCAUGAAGUUUAUAUCUGUACGGGAACUUAUUUGCGCUAUAUUCAAAAUUCGGUCAGGAAACUGAUUUUUUAGACACUUAUUACUUUAAAUGUCAAGUUUUUAAUCUAAACCAAAGCAAAGAUUAUCGCCGAAGCCUUUUAUAACAGAACUGAUCAAACAGAACAAAUGCCGCUGUGUGAAUACGCGGAAUCGUAUCCCAUGAUCACUUAAAAUCAGUGUUAAAGCGUCAUACGUUCUACAAACAGCUUUUUCGUGAAGAUGAGACUCCAGAACUGUCAAAUAGGAUAAAGGAAGAAGAUGAUGACACCUACAUGUGUUGAGGUUAUACUAAAACAGUAUUUCUAAAAAUCUCUAAAACAGUAUUUCUAAAAAUCUGACUAGAAUGUAGAAUGUUUAGAAGGGGAGUUAAUCACCGCGACCUUAUAGAUCUAUUGUGUGUUCCCCUUUCUUGAGUUAUAACGAGUUAUAACUCAUC